GUUCGUUUCGUUUCACUUUCACUUUUUGGUCCACCAAAUCUUUCAUCGAUCUCUGUGAAUUCCAUACUCACGCAAAAACACUAGCCAAAAACAGUGUUGUUGGUGUUGUUGUGAAAAGGAUAUGGUGAAAAAUGAUGCACAAUUCAUAUUCAUGGAUCCUGCUGGUCCUGACCGUUUGCAGUAGCAGAGUGGAUUCACAAAGAGUGGGAGGAGGAGUGUCCCCACUAACCACGAGUUCCACUGAUCAAUGCAACAAAACUGUUGGAAUCUAUGAGGAAGUCACCUCGCCACCCGUUACAGCAGAAAACUAUGGGAAACCAAUCCUAUGCCAUUACAGGUUUAGACCGUUUCGUACAAAUCUUCGUGACUGGGUUCUCAGGAUAAGGUUUACCAAGUUUAAAGUGGGAAGGAUCUACAACGAGUCAGCCUGUGAAACUGGCUACAUUCAGAUAAUCGAUGGGAAUGGUAAAGGCGGAUUAAGCAAUCGUCGUGAACCAGGGAAAUUUUGUGGUGAAAUAGAACAACCGUCGACUUUCAUCUCUGAAACCAGCGUAGUCCGACUCGUGUUCUAUGUGGACAAUUUCACAGAACAAACAUACUUCCGCUUCGAUUCACGGGCGGAACAACAGUAUGAAGUGUAUCUCAGAUAUGGACAACAUCCGGAAUUAUUUCCUAAUCGAAGAGGAGAAGUCGUCCCAAAUACUUAUUGUGAACGGGUUUUCAGGGAUUGCAGGAUGCAAACCUGCUACGUCCAAUCCCCGGGGUAUCCUGGUCUCUACCCAAGAAACUUGCACUGCAAGUACGCCAUAAACACGCGUCUCCCAUUCAUAAAAUUGCACAUUGAAAAUGAAGAAUUCAACGUGGAUGGACAAAGAUGUGAAAAUUUAAUCAUGUGUCCAAUGAAGGCAAUUGGGACGGAUUGUCCAAAUGACUACAUCAAAAUCUAUGAUGGCAAAGAUGAAAAAAGCCAACUUAUUGGGACCUUUUGUGGCGUGGGAAAGUUCCCCUUCUCCAUAAUCGGGACUGGGUCCGACCUAUUUGUUGAAUUUGUAACCUCUGCGGCUGGUCCAUUGAUGAAUACUGGAUUCCAUUUCAACGUUGGACAUUGGCCUGGACAUGUGGAAACUUCCGGGAAAAGUAAUGGCACUUGCGAUUGGAUAUUUACUAGUAAAGCGUUAGCAGAUUCUGGGGAUAAACAAGGACUUUUUUGGUCCGUCUCCCACUGGUACCCUCAAAACACACGCUGCUCGUAUUUGAUGUUGGGCGAAAAGGAUGAAAUCGUCCGAUUGCUCUUUCCGUCAUUCCGCAUAGAAAAGAUUGAUGCCCCCGUUCGAAAAUGGGAGGGUGAUUGUGCUGAAUCCUUGACAAUUUAUGACUCUCACUACGCCGACGAUUCAAAAAUAAUUAAAACAUUUUGCGAUACAUCUCGACCACCAGAAAAAUAUGAUUUUGUUUCCACGUCCAAUGCCCUCUACGUAUUGUUUGAAAGUAAAACUGGAAGUUAUUCCGGUUCUUCGCUCUACUAUUGGUCCACCUACGACUUUUUCAGCAACGCUCAUUUUGGGGAACCCGUUCCUGGGACCUGUGACGAAGUAUUUGCGUCUUGGCACAAAUCGGAAGGGAAAUUCGCUUCACCACUGAAUACGCUAAUGUAUAAAAACGACGAUAUGAAACUAAUUAAUUGUAAAUAUCGAUUCAUUAGCAUGAAACGAUUGUUUGCAAGAAUCGUCGUCAAAAUUGAUAACGUCAAUUUCAAGUAUAAUCAAGAUAAUUGUCUCAAUUGUUGGGCGGACAGAGUAGACAAAAUCCUAGUUAUUGAUCCUCUUGCUCAACAAACGCCGCAACAACACAGCGGUCUCACUAAUUUAAAAAGAUUCAAAACCAAUGUUACAAGCUCAAGGAUUUGCAUUUGCAAAGAAAACAGUGGACAUUUCAACUUUCCAGUCACGCUCACGUCUCAGGGGGAAGAGGCCGAAGUCGUCAUGAAGAUCGACCCGCGUCACUCGUUAUCAAACUAUUUCAAAUCGAACGUGCCAAUAUUUGAGGGGAGUUACAAAUUCAUUCAUGGACCAUUAUGUGGACCAACGAUGAUAGGACCCAGUGCAGAUGGCAAAUUGAGAUUCCCUUUCUAUUUCAAUCCUGCAUUAAGGGAUCUUCCCGUCUCCUGCCUCUGGGAAUUGAGGGUACAUCCGGACAAAGAUUUAUGGAUAAAUUUGGAAAAACUAGUCUUCACCGUCACAAGUAAAUCCUGUUCUGAUGCCAAAUUGGAAUUUUAUCUCCCAACGAAUCCUAACCCACCUUCAUCCGGGAGUGGCUCAUUCCAUUCUUCACACGGAAUAAAACAACAAUCAGCACAACAGCACCAUCCACUUUUGACUUUAUGUGGCGAUUCAAAAGAAGGUGAUCGGAAAACAGAGAUCUCGUCACAAUUACCAAUCCUCUCGUCAGAAAAAUUACAACAGGGAGGACCUUUCACCAUUAAAUUAGAAGCCAGCGCCGCUUCAAAAUUAAAUUUCAUAAUAUCGUGGACAGAACUUCACCAGCUUCCUAAAAAUCCCGAUGGAACGUUAAAAACUUCUAAACUCGAAGGUAAAGAAGAUUGUGGAUUUUUAUGCCCAGGUCAACAAGGGAUUUGUAUCGAGAGGAAUUUAGUUUGCAAUGGGAUUCAAAAUUGUCCAAACACGACUGGAAUUCAUGAUGAAUCGGAAGAUCAAUGUAAAUUAAGUGAUAGUCAUUUCGUCCUCUUGAACCACCAUUUAAACAUCAGUUGGAUUACUGCCUCUUUAGUCGGUGGAGCAGGAGCAUUGUUCAUCUGCUUAAUUUGUGUCUGCCUAUGUAGAUGUUGUUGUAGUGGGAGGAGGAGUGGAGGCAAAAGAGGCGCAGUCACACCUCCAGAAGAAGAUUAUUUAACUUGACUUGUUUUUCUAUGAGAAUUAGGUUUUUUGCUACUCAGGAUCAGUUCUUUGUUAUACUACAAAUUUCUACUCACAAUUUUAAAUACUAUAAAAAAAUUCAGUAGGAAUCAAAUAUUGGUAAAAAUGGGGUUGUCGUUUUUUUGGUAGCAAUAAUUUCUAUCAAUAAAUCUUCUCUUACAAUUAAAUUUUUAAUAACGUGUUCAAAAAGUUAGUCCAAAAAAUAAUAAAUUACUAUUAAAUCGUUAA